AUUAGUGUACAUUUAUUUAAUAGACAUAUUAGAGCGGAGUAACACGAUGUUGUAACUGUUGGCACGGAAUAUGGGGCGCACGUUACUGGAGACACCGCUUGAUUGUUCCACAUGUGAGCGACUCGCUACAACGGCAUCGCUAAUAGCAAACCAUAAUUUCAGGUGGCAAUACGCUUCCUUAGUCAUCUUUAAUACAACACUUCUCUAUGGCGCCAACCUUUUCCUCAAACAGUAUAAUAAAAGCGUUAUAAUUGGCCAAAACGAAUUCAAUUCCGGGAUAGUUGAAAACACAAAACAGUUCGUUUUGUUCGUGAACAAUAUUGCAGAAAUGAUUGAUCUAUUGGAAUGGAUGAAAACACUCAAAUUCAAUAAUGCAGGGAAAUAUAUAGUUGUGUGUAACUCUAUCGAAACAGUUGAUUGCAAUGAAUAUGAAGCUGUUGAUACGUUCUGGACUUACGGAAUAUCCAAUGUUGUUUUUGUUAAAACUGGAACAGAUAAUUCGAUCAGUGGUUAUACUUACUUUCAAGAUAGCAAUUGCCAGAGUGGUCCGCCCGUUAAACUGAGCGCUUGGGAUGACUGCUUUUACAGAAAUCAUACACAGAGCUGCAUGAAUUUUUUUCCUUUAAAGUUUAAAAACUUUCACGGAUGUCCAUUGAUAGUCUCGACUUUUAACCAAGUACCAUACAUGCAUAUUGAAAAUGGGGUACCGAGAGGUGCUGAUGGUGACCUGCUUCGAAUCAUAAUACAAGCACUGAAUGCCUCCAUGAUACUGAUGACACCACGGGUAGGCUUUGGUUGGGGUAAGCUUGAAGAUAAUGGCACGUGGACCGGCUCUCUUGGGGAUAUCUACUAUGAUCAAGCUAAUUUUUCAAUAACUUCCGCAAGCAUCACCCUCCAUAGAUAUCUCUAUUUUCAAAUGUCCAUUACUUAUGGUCACACCAAAGUUUGUUGGGUCACCCAUCCUUCCGAAUUAGAAUCUCCUUCGUUUAAAAUUUUGAGACCUUACAAUAUCAUGUCCAGAAUCGCUUUAACCGUACUAUUUAUUUCUAUUAUCCUAACGUCCACCCUAUCAAACAGUAACAUAUGGAAAUCACGGUUGUUACAUUGUAAACGCGACUUCGCUUUCCAUGCCUGGGAAAUUUGCAUGGGUUUCCCCAGUACUAAGUUGCCAAAACGAAAGGCAGUUUUGCAAAUAAUGUUGUUUUGGAUUUGGUACUCGUUUUGGUUGAGGACGUUCUAUCAAGUCUAUCUUAUAAACUCGUUACAAACAGACGUAUAUGUAGAUAAAAUUAAUAAAAUUGAGGAUGCUAUAUAUUACGGCUACCCAUUUGGCGGAGGACCAGCGCUGAAAGAUUUUUAUAGAGAUCAACCAACCAUCACAAAAAAUUGGAUUGACGUAGAAAGUACGGAAAUACAUGCUAUUAUGUUAAAAUUAUCUAACGGUUUGAAGUUUGUUUUGGCUAUGAAUUUGGAGACAGCUGAAACUUUCUUAAAAAAGUCACACAUAAAAUUGCAUAUUCUACCUCAAUAUGUAAUAAGCAGUCCAAGCGUAAUAUUUUUUAAGAAAUACUCAGGCCUGCAACCGUCAAUUGACCGAAUUUUGACAUGUUUAGUGGAAGGCGGCUUAUACGAAAAGUUUAUAGCUGAUAAUAUUUUAAUUAGACUGAAAAACGAAAAAGAAAUAGAAAAGCCAAUCCAAUUAGAGCACUUCACAGGUUGCUUUGUGAUGUUAUUGUUCGGUUGGCUAAUAUCUGGAAUAGCCGUUGUUAUAGAGAAGUAUUUGAGUAGAAAGAUGUUAUCGAAAAAAAAUCACAUUUGAU